AUUUCAAAAUCUUAUGUCAAAGUAAGCGCGCAGGAAGGGGUCCUUGCUCUUCUGCACUGAGCCCUACAGCCCCCCUGUGGGGAAAUACUCCUGUUAAUUGUCUCGAAAAUUGUUUCGACCAGCAGGGGUCACUAUGAAGGCUUACUUGAGCCCCAAACACAAGGGGGCAAGGUAACCAGACUGGCCCGUGAGGGUUCCAAGAAGGAAUGCAGUUUCAGGAGAACAGUUUGGAUCUUUAUUCGAAUUGUUUUGGUAUAAUGAAGAGAGUCAACUACAACUUGACAAUAGAAAUCUUCAGAAAAGGGACACAAAUACGUUCGCCUCAAGGAAUAUUGGGUCUUCUGCGCGGCCGUAGAUCUCCGCCAAGUGCGCCUGCGCGGAAGAGAAGCGGUGUCGAGUCCGGCCGGGCAGUAGAAGAAAUUGCGGUAGUGACCCUCGGACCUCGCCAUGAAGACCCGCUUUAGCACCAUUGACCUCCGCGCCGUACUCGCGGAGCUGAACGCUAGCUUGCUAGGAAUGAGAGUAAACAAUGUUUAUGAUGUGGAUAAUAAGACAUACCUUAUUCGUCUUCAAAAGCCAGACUUUAAAGCUACACUUUUACUUGAAUCUGGCAUACGAAUUCAUACAACAGAAUUUGAGUGGCCUAAGAAUAUGAUGCCGUCUAGUUUUGCCAUGAAGUGCCGAAAACAUUUGAAGAGUCGGAGAUUAGUCAGUGCAAAACAGCUUGGUGUGGAUAGAAUUGUAGAUUUUCAGUUUGGAAGUGAUGAAGCUGCUUAUCAUUUAAUCAUUGAGCUCUAUGAUAGGGGGAACAUUGUUCUUACAGAUUAUGAGUACGUAAUUUUAAAUAUUCUAAGGUUUCGAACUGAUGAGGCAGAUGAUGUUAAAUUUGCUGUUCGUGAACGCUAUCCACUUGAUCAUGCUAGAGCUGCUGAACCUUUGCUUACUUUGGAAAGGUUGACUGAAAUAGUAGCCAGCGCACCUAAGGGUGAACUGCUGAAGAGAGUGCUUAACCCAUUGCUUCCCUAUGGACCAGCUCUCAUUGAACACUGUCUUAUAGAAAAUGGAUUCUCGGGUAAUGUCAAAGUGGAUGAAAAACUUGAAACUAAAGAUAUUGAAAAAGUACUUGUUUCUCUGCAGAAAGCGGAAGACUAUAUGAAAACAACAUCCAACUUCAGUGGGAAGGGAUAUAUCAUUCAGAAAAGAGAAAUAAAACCAAGCUUGGAAGCAGAUAAACCAGUUGAAGACAUACUCACGUACGAGGAAUUUCAUCCUUUCCUGUUUUCUCAACAUUCACAAUGUCCAUAUAUAGAAUUUGAAUCAUUUGACAAGGCCGUGGAUGAAUUUUAUUCCAAGAUAGAAGGCCAGAAAAUUGACUUAAAAGCUUUACAACAGGAAAAACAAGCAUUGAAGAAAUUAGAUAAUGUUCGAAAGGAUCACGAAAACAGAUUGGAAGCUCUUCAGCAGGCUCAGGAAAUAGACAAACUGAAAGGAGAGCUCAUAGAAAUGAACCUACAAAUAGUUGACAGAGCCAUUCAGGUAGUUCGAAGUGCUUUAGCUAACCAGAUAGAUUGGACAGAAAUUGGGUUAAUUGUGAAAGAAGCCCAGGCUCAAGGAGACCCUGUUGCAAGUGCAAUCAAAGAAUUAAAACUACAAACAAAUCAUGUUACAAUGCUGCUAAGAAAUCCAUACUUGUUAUCAGAGGAGGAAGAUGAUAAUGUUGAUGGUGACGUCAAUGUUGAAAAAAAUGAAACUGAACCACCAAAAGGAAAAAAGAAAAAACAAAAGAAUAAACAGCUGCAGAAGCCUCAGAAAAAUAAGCCCUUACUUGUAGAUGUUGAUCUCAGCUUGUCAGCAUAUGCCAAUGCCAAAAAGUAUUAUGAUCACAAGAGAUAUGCUGCUAAGAAGACACAAAAAACAGUUGAAGCUGCUGAGAAGGCAUUCAAAUCAGCAGAAAAGAAAACAAAGCAAACAUUAAAAGAAGUUCAGACUGUUACUUCUAUUCAAAAAGCAAGAAAAGUGUAUUGGUUUGAGAAAUUUCUAUGGUUCAUUAGCUCAGAGAACUAUCUAAUUAUAGGUGGACGAGAUCAGCAACAGAAUGAAAUAAUUGUGAAAAGAUACUUGACACCAGGAGAACCCAUCCCCCCACGGACCUUGACUGAAGCUGGCACAAUGGCACUUUGCUACAGUGCUGCUUGGGAUGCACGAGUUAUCACUAGUGCUUGGUGGGUGUACCAUCAUCAGGUAUCUAAAACAGCACCAACUGGAGAAUAUUUGACAACAGGAAGCUUCAUGAUAAGAGGAAAAAAGAAUUUUCUUCCUCCCUCAUAUCUAAUGAUGGGGUUUAGCUUCCUUUUUAAGGUAGAUGAGUCUUGUGUUUGGAGACAUCGGGGUGAACGAAAAGUCAGAGUACAGGAUGAAGACAUGGAGACACUGGCAAGUUGCACAGGCGAACUCAUAUCAGAAGAAAUGGAACAAUUAGAUGGAGGUGACACUAGCAGUGAUGAGGAUAAAGAGGAACAUGAAACUCCUCCUGUAGAAGUAGAACUCAUGACUCAGGUUAACCAAGAGGAUAUCACUGUUCAGAGUGGUAGAGAUGAACUGAAUGAGGAGCUCAUUCAGGAAGAAAGCUCUGAAGAUGAAGGAGAAUAUGAAGAGGUUAGAAAAGAUCAGGAUCCUGUUGGUGAAAUGAAGGAUGAAGGGGAAGAGACAUUAGAUUAUCCUGAUACUACCAUUGACUUGUCCCACCUUCAACCCCAAAGGUCCCUCCAGAAAUUGGCUUCAAAAGAGGAAUCUUCUAAUUCUAGUGACAGUAAAUCACAGAGCCGGAGACAUUUGUCAGCCAAGGAAAGAAGGGAAAUGAAAAAGAAAAAGCUUCCAAGUGACUCAGGAGAUUUAGAAGUGAUAGAGGGAAAGGAUAAAGAAAAAGAAAGUACUGUACACAUUGAAACUCAUCAGAACACAAGCAAAAAUGUUGCGACUGUACAGCCAAUGAAACGAGGACAAAAGAGUAAAAUGAAAAAAAUGAAAGAAAAAUACAAAGACCAGGAUGAAGAAGACCGUGAACUUAUCAUGAAAUUGCUGGGGUCUGCAGGUUCAAACAGAGAAGAAAAAGGGAAGAAGGGGAAGAAAGGAAAAACAAAGGAUGAACCUGUGAAGAAACAGCCCCAGAAACCCAGAGGUGGACAAAGGAUCUCUGACAACAUUAAGAAAGAAACUCCGUUCCUUGAGGUUGUAACUCAUGAGUUACAAGACUUUGCUGUAGAUGAUCCACAUGAUGACAAGGUAAGGCUACUAUACAUGUGCUACAUUGUCAGUCGUUCAGAAAACCUAUUUGAUUCUUUGACAGGCCAGCCACAUCCUGAAGAUGUACUACUGUUUGCCAUUCCAAUAUGUGCCCCUUACACCACCAUGACAAACUACAAAUAUAAAGUGAAACUUACUCCUGGAGUGCAGAAAAAGGGAAAAGCUGCAAAAACAGCCUUGAAUAGUUUCAUGCAUUCCAAAGAAGCAACAGCAAGAGAAAAAGACUUAUUCCGCAGCGUAAAGGACACAGAUUUAUCAAGAAACAUUCCUGGCAAAGUGAAAGUGUCUGCACCCAAUCUUCUGAAUGUAAAAAGGAAAUAGCUGAAAUGAAAUUCUAAAAUAUUUGAGAAGAGCCAAUUUUAUAGCCUUUUGGAAGUUCAAAGAUGAAAACACCAUGUAUCAGGACUUCUGCAUUAUAAAAAUGAACUAAACAUUGCCUUGCUAUAUUCACCAAAAGGACUUAAUUCUUGUUUUUUUCCCAGUUUUAUAUAGAGGAAACACUGUCUAUGAUAGGAUUUCCUAAAGUAUUUGUGGAUAGUUAAAUGCUAAUUAUAUACAUCUGUAAUUAUUCUACAUUUUCUUGACAUUUGGGAGGUUAAUACCAAGUAUUCAUUUCAUGAUGUAAAGAAACAACAGUGAAGUGGCUUGAUUGCUUAGACUACUGACUUGGUAAGUCUACUGUAUAUAACAUCUAAUAUAUAUAUUACGGGCCGGCCACAGGGGUGUAUUUAGGAUUGUGUCUUGAAAACUAAGUAUUGGAGUGGAUUUUCUUCUGCUUUCAUCUAUACUUGUCAAAAAAUAUAUUAGACCAAAAUGUAAAAUGUAAGUAAUAAUUCUCAUGACUCAGCUUA